CCUGCCUCUAUGUGUUAUUACACCCCCUACCACUCAUAUCUAUAUUCAGGAUCGAUUCCCCUCACUAGACUUAUCUUUGAGUUCACCUGAAUGAAUUAUUUAAAAGCCACUUCUGCUGCCCACGUUGCCUCUCUCUUCCUCUUUCUUUUCCAAAUGCCAAAGAAUAUCAGAAGAGCAGACUGAGAGAUAUGGGGGACCUGCAGCAUCAGGAUUUGUUCUAACAUGGCUGACGACGCCAGCGUUAAAAUAGUGGACGAGAGUACCAUCCAGAAUGCUUCUAAUAGGAACUUCGCCAGACCGUUUAUUCUAUCUUUGAAGCAAACGACCUCUUCUGCACGUCUGAUGCGCUCAAUCAUCUUCCACGAACAGAAGUCUACAAUACCGUCCGAAGGGUUCAACAACUCCCGCGUAAAGCCUAUAUUGGCUUCAGCUAUUACUUGCAGUCCAGCAAACGAUAUCUGGGAAUAUGUCAACGACGCAGCUGAGAUUGGAUCUUUGUAUGUUGGAAUCCCGCAAUUUCACUCGGUGUCUUUUGGAUGCGUACAAGACAGUGCCUUCUUGCCGCCUACAAAGCGCCCACACCUAUCAUCACCUAACAAUACAUUCAAAAAGCUACCAAACCGUAUCCACCGCCGUGUCAUACUACGCGAUUACGGCAAGCCAAUCUACACGGCAAGAUCAGAGAGCAAAAAGAUAUUCCUGCCCCAGUGGCAGACGGUAGGCUUCGUGUUUAAUGAUGAGGAUUUUCUCCGGUGGGCUGAUGGACGGUGGAAGAUCUGGGGUUGUAUGAGCGGAUGA